AUGUCGGACCUCGAGCUGGAUCAAAAGGCAAAGCCGUCUGGGUUCAAGAGCUACAAACGCAUAUUCAAUUAUGCUGACCGAAAUACCUGGAUCCUCUACUCUGUUUCCUUUACCGCUGCUAUCAUAGCCGGUGCGGCACUUCCGCUGAUGGAUCUGAUCUUCGGCAAAAGGGAGGGUGCGAAAUACUCCAUUUAUUUGGUUUAUCUGUUUAUCGCCAAAUUCUUUCUCGUCUAUGUCCACACUGUUGCUGCAUCGACAGCAGCUAUUCGGGCUACAAAAGCAUUGCGGCUGGACUUUCUGCAGAGUCUCCUACGCCAGGACACGAGUUAUUUCGAUUCAAAAAAGGAUGGCUUGCCGUCUGUCAAGGUCACUACGAACGGCAAUAUUAUCACAAACGGCAUUUCAGAGAAGCUAACUCUUAUUACCAUCUGCAUCGUCCCGGCAAUUGUUAUUAUUACCGGUGUUUGUAUGGGUAUCGAGGUAAAGAUCGAGAACAAGCUGAUGACUAUCCUUUCGCGCUCUAGUGUGGAUGUUUGCCCGUGUGUCAUCUUCGCGGUAGUCGUUGCCGCUACAUCGCUAACCCACAUUGCUCCCCAAAUCAUAACAAUCACCAAAGCCGCGGCUGCUGCUGACGAGCUCUUCCGCAUUAUUGAUAAGAAGUCGGCUAUUGAUUCCCUCUCAACUGCUGGAUUGACGCCUGAGACAUGUGUGGGUGAGGUCAAGCUAAACGCCCUCGAGUUCGCCUACCCAUCUCGUCCAGAUACCCAAGUUCUCAAUGGCCUGGACUUGAAUAUACCUGCCGGUAAGACUACAGCCUUGGUUGGUGCUAGCGGUUCAGGGAAGAGCACAAUAGUUGGACUUUUAGAGCGCUGGUAUGAUCAAGCAGCCGGUACGAUCCUACUUGAUAGUAUCAACAUCCAGGAACUCAAUAUUGCCUGGCUACGCACACAGGUGCGCCUUGUGCAACAGGAACCUGUUCUCUUUAGCGGGACAAUCUUCGACAACGUCGCUUUCGGCUUGGUAGGGACACGGCAAGCGGAGGCCUCGUAUGAGCAGAAGCUUGCUUUGGUGAAAGAGGCUUGUAAAGAGGUUUAUGCACAUGACUUCAUUGAGAUCUUGCCCAAGAAGUAUGAUACCCAGGUUGGCGAGCGCGCACGCAUGCUAUCAGGAGGACAAAAGCAACGUAUUGCUAUCGCACGCAGCAUCAUAUCCCGGCCAUCUGUCCUACUACUAGAUGAAGCGACGAGUGCCCUUGAUCCAAAGGCUGAGAAGAUUGUUCAAAGCGCACUAGAGAAUAUCUCUGUCGGCCGGACUACUAUCAUCAUUGCGCACAAAUUGUCUACUGUACAGAAGGCGGAUAAUAUCGCCGUCAUGUCCGCUGGUAGAAUCAUCGAGCAGGGUACGAAUCAUGAACUCCUAGCUAGCGGUGGUGCCUAUGCAAGACUUGUCCGUACUCAGGAUCUGGAGGAAAAGAGCCGUAAGACUGAAGAGCCCGUCGACUUGGUAGAUCAAGAUGACUGGGAAGGGCAUGAUGACUUUGACGAGAGGGGAGUUGAAGAGAAGGAAGCCACUCUCACUGGAUCUCACAAGGAGUGUGGCCGCCGAGUCUCCCCUGUGGAUGAAAAAUCCAAAGCACUUGCAAAGGAGACUAUGGGAUACAGCCUAAUUCAGUGUCUAUGGCUUUUGAUAAAGGAGCAGCGGAAUCUGUGGGGGUCUUACUCGAUUUUUGCCAUCACAUGUAUUCUCGGAGGUGCUACCUUUCCAGCACAAGCUAUCAUUCUCGCGCGGACACUUGAAGUCUUUCAGCUCCGUGGCAGCGAGGCCGUUCGUCGUGGUGACUUUUGGGCGCUGAUGUUCUUCGUUAUUGCUCUUGCUAACUUUUUCGUCUACUUUGUUGUGGGAUGGACAGCCAACAUUAUCAUCCAGGAAGUAAGUCGGAGGUAUAGGCGGGAGCUCUUUAGGAACACUAUGAAGCAAGAUAUUGCUUUCUUCGAUUUGGAACACAAUGCUACUGGCGCGAUAUGCGCUCGUCUGUUAAUUCACGCCUCAAACCUGAACGAGCUCUUGGGUGUCAACUCAGGGUUGAUUCUGAUCAACAUUGUCACAAUCAUCUCUGUCUCUGUCUUAGGUAUUGCCUAUGGCUGGAAGCUCGGCCUUGUGUGCGUCUUUGCUGCUCUCCCUCUGCUGUUGCUUAGCGGCUACCUCCGUAUCUUCCUUGAGUGUAAGCUGGAGGAAGAUACCUCUACACGAUUCGCAAGCAGUGCUGCUAUUGCAGCUGAAGCGGUCUCGGCUAUCCGCACGGUGUCAUCUCUUACGCUAGAGAAUAAAAUGAUUCAGAUAUACCGGGAAAGGCUAGAUAUUGUUGCAGAGCAAUCUGUAAAAGCCCUAACUUAUACAAUGUUCUGGUACGCCUUGACGCAAUCUAUCACCUUCUUAGCAAUGGCCCUGGGCUUUUGGUAUGGCGGAAAGCUUGUGUCUGCCUACGAGUACACCAAUGAGCAGUUCUUUGUAGUCUUUACCGCCGUUGUGGUUGGAGGUGAGAAUGCAGCUGCUCUUUUUCAAUACACGACCGGCAUCACCAAAGCGACAAGCUCUACAAACUACAUCUUCUGGCUGCGCCAAAGAAACCAUAGAACCCUUGCUGUUGAUUGUCGAGCACUUGACUUUGCCUACCCUUCUCGCCCACGCUCAAACAUCAUUUCUGGCAUCAACAUCAAAAUCCCACCAGGAAAAUUUGUCGCCUUCGUCGGCUCAUCAGGCUGCGGAAAGUCAACGAUGAUCAACCUCCUCUGCCGUUUCUAUGAUCCAACCUCUGGCCUCAUCACUGUUAAUAACCAAGCAAUCCACGAGAUCAAGCCACAAGACCAUCGCCAGCGCUUAGCACUUGUACAGCAAGAGCCCAUCUUAUAUCAGGGCAGCAUCCGUGAGAAUGUCGCCAUGGGCCUGGUUGAAUCGAAAGAAGCAACAGAAUCACAAAUAGAACAAGCCUGCAAAGACGCAAACAUUUACGAAUUCGUCUUAUCACUACCUGACGGCCUAGGGAGCGAAGUUGGCACUCGUGGUUCUAAGCUUUCUGGUGGCCAGCGCCAGCGUGUCGCCAUUGCUCGUGCUCUGAUUCGAGAUCCGAAGGUCCUGCUCCUUGAUGAAGCAACAAGUGCGCUGGACAUGGAGAGUGAAAAGAUGGUUCAGACUGCUAUAAACGAGGCUACCAAAGGUGGUAAGAGGAGCACAAUCGUUGUUGCACAUAGACUGAGUACUAUCAAAGAUGCGGAUUCCAUCUUCGUCUUCCAAUCAGGGAGAAUCGUCGAGUCCGGCACUCAUGUCGAGUUGCCUAAGAAAAGGGGUAAUUAUUACGAGAUGUGCAAAGGCCAGGCGUUGGAUAAGGCUUUGGAUUGA